GGAAAAAAUAUUUCAAAUAUGGCGGCAAAAAGAGGAGUUAGAAAAUCUUAGAAAACUUUUAUAUUGUAUAAUGAGCAGCCUAAACAGCGAUAGAGGUAAGCUUUUGUGAUGUAGUUUUUGUACCUAUGAACUAAACGAACUGCUUUGCACUUGAUAGCACUAUCAGUUCUAUAUUAUAGUGUGAGUCUGUGUUAUAGUGUCAGUCUGACAGCCUGUGAUGUAUGAGUGUGUGACUCAGCUCGGUGACUGUAUUAAGGCCCGUUUACACUUGCAAUUUUUGCUGCGAUUUCUAGUGCGAUUUUCUUCUGCUGAUGUAUGUGAACGAGUAGAUGAGUUGUGAAUAUAUGUCUCACUGAUGUACCCAGAUCUCAACAUUCAUAACUCAUCCUUUUGUGGGUUUUUUUUGUAUUUCUUUUUAAUGCAUGUUUUCGCCCAAAAUAUUACAUUUACAAAGACUAGAUAUAUAUAAGAAAUGGGCUAGGAGUCUACUAGAAACCACAUGGCUUUUUUUUAGGCCCCUAGAUUAAUUAUUUAAGCUAUAUCAAUAAAUAUAAGCUCGUGUCGGUUUGAGUGUUUUUCAGAGAAUUAGUAGAAUUGUUCACAUCCAUCAGACGAAGAAAAUAUCACAGCAGAAAUUGCAAGUGUAAGUGGGCCUUUACUGUAAUAAUCGCACAACACUGUAAAUCUGUAAUAUGUAUUUACAGAUUUCUGUCUGGAAAGUUAACUUUUUGCAUGCUGGACAUCAAUUCAGGCACAUGUGAUUGUACGCCAAUUUUGGAAAUAUAAAUGUGCAAAAGUUCCAAAUACACCUUUUCAUCGUAAACCUAUUUGGUCCAAAUUUGUGAACUCUGAACAAUUACUAGUCUAUGUAAACAAAUGUAUGCCAUAUGUAUAUCACGAGUGUGUGUACACCGGACAAGUCCAGUGUACACACUUUACACUGACAGAUUACUUCACGACCAUUUCAAAAUUAGCAUUUAUGUGUCUUAAAUUUCUUUUAUGUUUGUAAAUUUAGGAAUUGAGCUACCUAUCCUUGUGAGUGACUCAGAUUUAGAAAAAUAUCCUGAGUUUAAAAAAUUGUUGAAAACAUUGACAAGAUAUGUUGCAGAUGACGGCACAACAAAGGAAAUAAAAAAGGAUUAUACUGAAGUAUGAAAUGCGAAAAAGGAACAUUUUAAGCUUUUAGUAUAAAUAUUAAAUUUAUUACGACUUUUAUAUAUUUGGUCAAAAAACUCAAUUCCAGAAAACUCCAUACAUGUACCUCCCCCCACGGAUGAAAUGGAAGUUAACUUACUAUUAUCUGAAACAAUUUUUCUCCCCUCCUCCCCGAUGGCAGAAAUUUCAUCUUUGGGGGCACGGUGGAUCAUUUCUGGAACAAUCCAAUGAAAACAAAAUGAGUAUGACCAAUUUGUGAUUAUUUGUGCAUCAUUCUACAUGUCAAAUCUUCCUGAGAAGUGUAAGAAAAUGUCAUUUCUAAGACUCUUAGAAUUCAAAAUUUUGAAUGCAUUCAUGCCCCUGGACCCACCCAAAGUUUCUUUAGCCCCCUCCACCUCCCCACCUAUGUUUAGCACCUGUUGACCUGCAGUUGCUUGCUUUAUCCACCCAGUGAUAAACAUGUAGCCACUAUUUUUGCAUUACGAUCUUUAUUACUGUGUACAUAUUACAACAUGCAUGUUCAGAAUAUACCUCAGUCUGUGAAUCAAUCUGAAUAUUGACUAUUGUAAAGGUGAAUGAUGCUUUGAGGCAGGAAAAACUACAAUAUCUUCAGGCUAAAGUUGUUUAUGAAGAAUUGAAGGACAUUCUGUUAGAUUAUGAGAUCAGUAGACUUGAUCAUGAAGUAGAUGGUCCCUCUGCACAGGUAAAACUAGGAAGUUGUUGAACUUUAUGCAAGACUUAAUUUUUUUUACUUGUCAUGAAUAAACUGGGCUAUGCUCUCAAUUUCCCUGUGACUUCGCGCUAGAUAGAUAGUACUUACCAAUGAGAACUUUUGCGUAAACUAUGUUACUUUGUUUUAAAACAUUCUUGUUGGCCUUAUUAAGACAUACCAGGCAAUGAAAGAAGCAUUAACAUCAGCCGAGGCUGUAGAUUACUUGGACUUCAAUCCUGAAGUUGGUGGUUUGGAUGUGACGCUACUUGGUUUGAAAGCUGACCAGCUGCAUAAAAAUGAUGCCCACAAAAUGGUAGGAAUCCUGGUUUAGCAAUAAUAGUGAUCAAAUUGACAAGUACUGUGGUUAAAUUAACCAGGACAUUAAGUUACACCAAACGAUGACGUAAUAUUAUAAUUAUCCUGACCACUUGUUAUGUUCCUUAUUGAACUUUGACAGUUUUAAAUAAGUGUAUCAUUUAUCUAAACCUAUCACUGAUGGACAGGUAAUUGACAUUCUGCGCAAGUUCGAAAUGAUAUUUAUUUUUUCGACUGUCUUUAGUAGCAAGGAAUAUCCAUUAUCUUUCCUUUGACUUGCAUAAUUUUCUCUUUGCCUGAGGAACUAACAUUUAAUUUUUAAAUACUAGUUCCGUUACUGGGAUUAACAUGAAUACAAGUUCUACCACAGUGGUUGCAUGUAGUGUUUUCCAAUUUACCUGUAGGUGUUUCAGCAAGGCCUUAUUCCGGAAUUGGAAAAUCGUCUAAAGUCAAAAUGUGAACAAGUUGCUCAAUACCACCAAACUGCGAAAUCAAAAG